UGCAAGAAAGUAAGCCCGAUCUCAGUUCAAACGGUUCGCUGCGAUCGGUUCGCUUCGUCUUCGGUUUUACCGGUUCGCUGGCGCGCGCUUCUCGAUCGCACACGAAGAUCACUCCGCUACUUUGUUAGCCGAGCAACCACGUCUUACAGAGGAUAUGCCGCACCGCUUCCGGCGCUUCUGCUCGCUGCCUCUUCUAACGCACGGAAGUCCUUUGACACCCCUGAUGUCCGUAGCUGCUGGCUCGAAUUACGCCGUGAAAUCCUCCAUCGACUCUACUUUACCAGCUAUUUUCAAACAAUGGUGGCUUUGGUGGUUGCUUUUACCAGGAUGUCUCGCAUCUUGGACGAGAUACAUCGAAGAAUAUGACUCUAUCAGAGUUGCUAGAUGCGAUGUAUAUUGCGGUGGUAAUUACCCCGAUGAAUGUAUGGAAAAUUGCUUGGCAUCCAAUUACACAAAACCUGGUUACUGUCCUGAUAAAGCAUCCAUGUCACCCUUCGAAGCUGUUUGCUUAAUAGCUUGCAUCGACGACUCUCGUUGUCCAGAUUUAGCAAAAUGUUGCAGGCAUGAUUGUGGUGUCACAUGUAUGCAUCCCAUCGGUUUAGAAAAUAUAACUGAUUUACCUUUGAUACCGGAAAAUGUGCAAAUUAGACAGCAAAAGAACAAUUUAAUUCUGCUAACUUGGUAUAAUUCCAAGACCCAACGUACAAAUGAAUCUAUGGGAAACAAAGAUGUGAGGUAUCUGGUGGAAGAACGACAUUUACUUGGUCCAAGGUACUUGGAAUCUAGAUUAAGUUCUUGGACGGUCCGUCACGUUUCAACGAAAUCACAUGCAACGCUUCGGGAACGAUUAAAAACAGGUCACUGGUACCAGUUUCGUGUAGCAGCUAUUAAUGCAAAUGGUUCUCGAGGAUACUCUGAACCAUCCAGACCAUUUAAAACGAGAGAGCCGCGGAAUCCAAAAGAGCCGCAAAACUUGACGUUAUCCGAUGCACGACUGGUAGAUGGAAAAUUGCGUAUUAGUCUAAGGUGGAUUAAACCAGCUUCAGACGUGCCAAUAACGUUCUACAAAGUGUUUUGGAGUCGCCUUGUUCAUGGUCCAACUAACGACUCUAUUCUCGUUUAUCACAGAACAGUUCUCAAAGAUAAAACUUGCUACGAACUGAAAAACUUGGAGCUGAAGUGUCAAUACUUUCUUCAAGUGCAAGCUGUUGCACUGUACGGUGGCCGGCGAUUGUUGUCACGAAAGGCUUCGAAAGUUUUCAAUAGCACCGAUUACAUGACAUACGCCGAUAUGGGGAGACGAUCUCGCAGAUGCGAGCGAUACCAUGGCGAUCUUCAUUUACGGCGAAUGACUUGUCACUGCGGAGAGGUCAAGGUACGUCUCGUUUGGCCGAUGAACCACGAUGUAAAGGCAUACAACGUCUCCUGGAGAGAGGCAUCCUGCUCGGCUCCGCAGGAAAAACUCGUAUCACGUCGAAAGAAAACUUUCUGGAAAGUUGUUCAGACACCGCAUCUCGAAAUAAAACAUCUUCGAAGCGAAUGCACGUACAACGUAAAUGUACGAAAUAUAUUCAAUGAUGUGAAUAAUGACGAACAUGGUACCAGUAUAGAGUUUUUUGCUACUGGAUGUUUGAAGCAGUCAGAAGAACAAGAAGACGACAAGCAUUCGUAUAAUAAGACGAUACAAUGCAAAACCAAGUCGUCGAAAAGAAAGCGACACUACGCUAGUUAUCUUUGAUAAAGUUUCUCUGUUGUAAGCAUGUGAUCACAAGUAUGUUUAGAAGCUACAUUCGAGCAUCAAAACAAACUUACUGCCUUAAACGCUUCUACUAUGUGUUAUUAAUUAAUCACAGACAAACAAAUGACAAACAAGGUUUCGGUUCUGUAAGUCUUAUGUU